GGGAGAUAGGUGUCUCCAGCUGCUGUGGCCGUUCGGGGCGGGUCGGCUUCUUCGGCUUCUCAGGACCAGAUAGAGAGCUAGUGGGUGGCAGCAAUGCUCCGCAAGGUGAGAAACUGGGUAGAAAUCUGCCGGGGGACUACCCUUUUGUUCCUUUUUUGCCACCUGGGUUACGUUUGUGGGCAGAUCCGAUACCCGGUCCCAGAGGAGUCACAGGAAGGGACUUUUGUAGGGAAUGUCGCCCAAGAUUUCCUGCUGGAUACAGAGAGCUUAGCAGCUCGCAGGCUGCAGGUCGCUGGAGAGGUGAACCAAAGACACUUCCGUGUGGAUUUGGACAGCGGUGCUCUGCUCAUCAAGAAUCCAAUCGAUCGAGAGGCACUGUGUGGGCUCAGUGCCAGCUGCAUCGUGCCCCUGGAGUUUGUAACAGAAGGGCCUUUGGAAAUGUACCGAGCAGAGGUAGAAAUCGUGGAUGUGAAUGAUCACGCCCCCCGAUUUCCUCGGCAGCAGCUGGAUUUGGAAAUUGGGGAAGCAGCUCCUCCAGGACAGCGUUUCCCCUUGGAAAAGGCUCAGGAUGCAGAUGUGGGAAGCAACUCCAUCAGCAGCUAUAGACUAAGCUCCAAUGAACACUUUGCACUGGAUGUCAAGAAGCGCAGCGACGGCAGCCUGGUCCCAGAGCUGCUCCUGGAGAAGCCUUUGGAUCGGGAAAAGCAAUCAGACUACCGCCUAGUGCUGACUGCUGUGGAUGGAGGGAACCCCCCGAGAUCUGGCACAGCAGAGCUCCGGGUGUCAGUGCUGGACGUGAAUGACAACGCCCCAGCCUUCCAGCAAUCCAGCUACAGGAUUAGCGUUUUGGAGAGCGCGCCAGCAGGCAUGCUGCUCAUCCAGCUCAAUGCCUCUGACCCAGACCUGGGUCCCAGCGGUAACGUCACCUUUUCUUUCAGUGGUCACACCCCUGAUCGUGUGAGAAAUCUCUUUAGCCUGCACCCCACUAAUGGAAAGCUUACUCUUCAGGGGCCCCUAGACUUUGAGAGUGAGAAUUACUAUGAAUUUGAUGUUCGGGCUCGAGAUGGGGGUUCUCCAGCCAUGGAGCAACAUUGCAGCCUUCGGGUGGAUCUCCUGGAUGUAAAUGACAAUGCCCCCCACAUCACAGUGACCUCAGAGCUUGGGACUCUCCCUGAGAGCGCAGAACCUGGCACUGUGGUGGCGCUCAUCAGUGUGCAGGACCCCGACUCAGGUUCAAAUGGAGAUGUGAGCCUCCGUAUUCCAGACCAUUUGCCCUUUGCCCUCAAGUCCGCCUUCAGGAACCAGUUCUCCCUGGUGACUGCUGGGCCCUUGGACCGAGAGGCCAAAUCCAGCUAUGAUAUCAUGGUCACUGCUUCUGAUGCUGGGAGCCCUCCUCUGAGUACCCACAGGACCAUUUUCCUCAAUAUUUCAGAUGUGAAUGAUAACCCACCCUCUUUCUUUCAGAGGUCACAUGAAGUAUUUGUUCCAGAGAACAAUCGCCCAGGGGACCUGCUUUGCUCCCUUGCAGCCUCUGAUCCAGACUCUGGCUUGAAUGCACUUAUCUCCUACUCUCUCUUAGAGCCCAGAAAUCGAGAUGUGUCAGCUUCCUCCUUCAUCUCUCUGAACCCCCAGACAGGAGCUGUUCAUGCUACUCGAUCCUUUGACUAUGAGCAAACACAGACACUGCAAUUUGAGGUGCAGGCCCGGGAUCGGGGCAACCCACCCCUUAGUAGCACCGUGACAGUUCGUCUAUUUGUACUGGACCUCAAUGACAAUGCACCAGCUGUGCUCCGCCCUAGAGCCCGACCUGGUUCCUUAUGUCCACAAGCACUGCCUCCAGCAGUUGGUGCUGGACACCUAGUUACAAAGGUGACUGCUGUGGACUUGGAUUCAGGUUACAAUGCUUGGGUUUCAUAUCAGCUCUUGGAGGCCCCAGAUCCCAGCCUGUUUGCAGUCUCCCGCUAUGCUGGGGAGGUGCGGACGGCCGUUCCCAUCCCAGCUGAUCUCCCGCCGCAGAAGCUGGUCAUUGUGGUAAAGGAUAGUGGUAGUCCACCACUCUCUACCUCCGUUACUCUCCUGGUGUCCUUGGAAGAAGACACUCAUCCAGUUGUCCCUGAUCUUCGAGAAUCUUCAGCUCCAAGGGAAGGAGAAUCCCACUUGACCCUGUACUUGGCUGUAUCUCUAGUGGCAAUUUGCUUUGUCUCCUUUGGCUCAUUCGUGGCACUAAUCUCGAAGUGCCUGCGUGGGGCUGCCUGUGGAGUGACCUGCUUUCCUGCUGGCACCUGUGCCUGUCUCACCCGAUCUCGAAGGAGAGAGGGGCUUCCUCCUUCCAAUGGGAUCCUCCGAAUCCAGCUAGGGUCAGAUGAUCCUAUCAAGUUUGUUGAUGUGGGUGGCCACUCUCAUGGCUGUACACCCUUGGCUUCUGCACCCACUCGGAGCGAUAGCUUCAUGAUGGUGAAGUCACCCAGUGCACCUAUGGCAGGGGAACCUGUUCGCCCAAGUUGCCCACCCUCUGAUCUUCUCUAUGGGCUAGAGGUGAGACCUUUGCAGGCUCAGCCAAUGCUUGAGGGUUAUUCUGAGGCAGGCAUGUGGCUGGGCCAUGUCCCAGAGAGUACUGGUCUCUCUGUAAGAGCCUGUAGUGAUGUCACCACUUCUGUGAGUGGUAAUGUGGUAGAUGCUAUGCUUUAGAAGUGUUUUGUGACUUAA